AUGGAGUCCAACCUGCAGGGGACCUUCCUUCUGAACAACACACCACUGGCUCAGUUCUCGGAGAUGAAGGCCCCCGUGUGCCAGUACUCCGUGCAGAACUCCUUCUACAAGCUCAGCCCCCCGGGGCUGGGCCCCCAGCUGGCCGCCGGGACCCCCCACGGCAUCACCGACAUCCUGAGCAGGCCCGUGGCCACCCCGAACAGCAGCCUCCUCUCCAGCUACCCCCACGUGGCCGGCUUCAGCGGACUCGGCUCCCAGGGGGUCUAUUACGGCCCCCAGGUGGGAAAUUUUUCCAAGGCUGGGAACGAGUACCCCACCCGGACCCGGAACUGCUGGGCAGACACGGGCCCGGACUGGCGCGGCGGGCGGCCGUGCAGCAACGCCCCAGACCCCCUAGGCGACAGCAUCCACAAGAAGAAGCACACCCGGCCCACCUUCACGGGGCACCAGAUCUUCGCGCUGGAGAAAACCUUUGAGCAGACCAAGUACUUGGCCGGCCCGGAGAGGGCGCGGCUGGCAUACUCGCUGGGCAUGACUGAGUCGCAGGUCAAGGUGUGGUUCCAGAACCGGAGGACCAAGUGGCGGAAGAAGAGCGCCCUGGAGCCAUCGUCCUCCACGCCACGGGCCCCUGGCGGCGCGGGGGCGGGCGGGGACCGGGCCACCUCGGAGAAUGAGGAUGACGAGUACAACAAGCCACUGGAUCCCGACUCGGACGACGAGAAGAUCCGGCUGCUGCUCCGCAAGCACCGCGCCGCCUUCUCGGUGCUCAGCCUGGGCGCGCACAGUGUGUGA